CAAAACAUUACCUGAAAAAUCAGAGUAUAGUCACAGAAAUGUAUGUCAAUAUGUCGCGUUAAAAGACCCGAAUAUGUGGUAUCAGCUACACAAGGAACACUCCAUUUCUCAAAUAAAUUUGGGACGAAGAACAAGUAAGAACUUUUUACGUCACACAAGUGACGAUUUUCGUAGUAAUAUCGAACAUUAUUCAGAUUUUUUGAAAUUAGAUGUUAUUGUUCGAAAGUUGCAUGGAAAUUUUAAAGAAGUUUAUUUUGAAUUAUUUCCAAGGAAUACAUAUAAUAUAAGUACAUAUAAUUUUUCUUACAGACUACUACGACAUUACCCAAAAGACAAACAGUGGGAUAUGUUUACGCAAACCUACUUAAAAGUAUUUGGAAAUAAUAUUUUAGAUAACUUAAUUUACUUAAAUUCAAGUUUUAUAAAGUUAUUUCCGAAUAAGACUAUUAUGAAUAAAUGGGCAGAAACACACUAUGAAAAACACAAAUCAAAUCGCCUGUUAAAAUAUUGUCAUCCAAAUACAGCGAUUCCUUUGAUAAAAGAAAAAAUUAAUGUUACGUCAAAUAUUUAUGAACGAAAAAUUUUAAUAAUACUCUUGCUAGAAAAUUGUCAGAGAAAUGAAGAUUUUACGUCACUAGGAGGGGUAUUAAAAUAUAUUUGUUUUCGACAUCGAAACGAAGAAAAUACUUCAGAAAUUCUUAAUAAAAUUAAGGAUUUAUUUAAAUUGGAGGAACUUGAUGAAAACCACUGGAAUCACAUAAAUGAAAUGCUCACAAUCUUAAAAUUAAGAAAACAGUCAUAUUACUAUACUGUUACAUUUUAUCUAAAAUAUAUAGAAUAUUUAAUCCUCCAUGGAAAACCCUAUCGAAAAGAACUCAUAUUGUACAUCAAAGAAUUUGAAUCAAGUAGAUAUACUUAUUAUGUUGAUUUAGAAAAUAAAAAAGUCAAAAGGCAAAUUUUAAUUGAAAUCGUUAAUAUCUAUCGUGAAGUCGAAGAAAUCGAUGAUAUAGAAUUUAAAAAGAAAUUUAUCCGUAUAUUAAUUGAGUUCAAUGAACAUAAUACUGAAUAUAUUAUUGAUUUAUCAGAUUUUUCAGGAUUUCUUCCGUACAUAAAGUCAAUAUUGGAUUCUGAUUAUACGAUGUUGAAAGACAAUGAGAGAAAUCUAUUAAUUAAGGUUAUCAAUUAUAAUUUUAAGUUUCCAGAAAAGCCAACAAUAGUAAUUGAGGAAACUCGGCUUCUUGAAAUAUUUCAACAAGAUAGUAAAAAAAGCUUUAAUUUCGGCCAUAUUAUCGAGAAGAGUAUUAAAAAACUGGAUCGAUCAGAAUUUGACGAUAGUAUCGUUAAGUUAUUUUGGGAUAACCUAGAAAAAUUUAAAUAUUUUGAUUUCUGUCGAAAAAUUAUACACUGGCUAUUUCUGAAUAAUCCAAAAGCUAUAACUCCUUAUUUCGAUUUGAUAUGGACGGCAAAUCAAACGUACAUUAAAAUUAAAGAAAUUAAAUUUAUGUCUCAUUUGGGUUUCGACAAGAAAGUUGUAGCCUAUUGCACCGAUAAGUUGACAUGGCUUGAUGAUUUUUUGAAAGAUACAUUUGAAAAACAGUCUCCAAGCAGUACCAAAAUGGAAACUGAUAGUGAACCCCAGAAAGAAAUUGACCUAGAUAUGUAUAAAAAAGUAAUUGAGUAUCUCUCUAUAUUAUUAACAACAGAUGAGUACAUCGAAAUAAUUUCGAAACGAUUUCUACCUGUUAAAGAAAAGAUAAAUCUUGCCGAUGAAGCGUUAAAUCAAAUGUACUACUUACAAUGUGAAGUUGCAGGAUCCCUGAAAAAACUGCACGAACCUACAAUUGUGCUUCCUACAGUGAUGAAGUUCUGCGUAGGUGACUAUUUACAGUCUGCCUUGCCCUCACUCUAUAGUAUUUGCUAUAGAGCUCCAGAGGAGCUGCUAUAUUCCUACAUGGAUGUAUUAUCCAAAAGAGCAGUUUCUGUUAAAAAACACGCACUGUUUUUAAGUUGCGAAGUUCUAAAUUAUGAUUAUGCUUUAAGUAAAUUGCGAAACUUCGACGAAAAUCAUGUUUCCAGUCAGAAACAUAUGUUCUCUGCUACAUUAAAAUAUUUUCGUAAAAAUCCUUGUGAAGAAUUGCUAACCUUGGUUGCUUUGAACUUAAAUACAAUUGAUAAAAAUGACGAUGAAACGUUAACUAGUUUGGUAAAUAUUGUUGUACCAAAAAAAUAUAAAACUGUGUAUAUCAAAAAAUGUUGGAAUUUCUUUGAAAAUUUAAGAAAGGAAGACAUUAAAGUACAACAAUAUUUAAAAUUAUUUUUAGAUGCUAUUUUAGCCUCAGAGGACACUUUCUUAUCUUUGACAUUUGAUUUUUAUAAGCACGUUAUUACACAUUAUUUUAAAAACCCUCCUAAGAAUGACCACAAUUUAAACGGCAUUAAUCGAUUUGUCUGUUCAGUUUUACGAAAUGUGAGAUUAGAAGAAGCUGAUAAUUUCAAAUUCAUUUUUGACAUUAUUCCCUCAUUUCCAACACACGCUAUUAAAUCAUUUUUUGAUAAUUUCUAUGAUUUAGCGACAGACGAUGUAAAAAACAAUAAUAAAAUUGACACAGCUAAUAAUUAUUAUAUAGAACUUUUUAAACAACAUUGGUUCAAUACUUUUACGCCCAUUAAAAUGUUCAAUGAGCACGUGUUACUUGAUUUAUUAUAUUUAAAGUGUAAAUCAUCUGACAGUAUUGUCGAGAAUUACGCAAAAGAAGCGUUGAUUUACUUAGAAGAACUGAUUGCAGAAUAUGGGCUCUAUAUUUAUUAUAAAUUUAAAGAUUUAGUAUUGCACAAACACACAUUCACUAAAAGGGAAAUAUAUUUAUUUCUUUAUAAUAUACUAACAAUUAAAAAUUCAACUAUUAACUAUAUAUUGGUUAUUGACAUAAUAAAAGACCAGUCUUGUAGCGAUGAAGUAGAUGAUAUUCAUCGUAAAAUCAUGAAAAUCUUAAGAAAUUCAGAUCAGCGUGUUGUAUCUGUGUACUUUAACAGUUAUUUUGGAUAGAAAGUAUAUACGAUAUAUAUAUACGAGUAUAGUAAGUUGUAGAAAUGUUUGAAGAAAUUUAUAUAUGUACAAGAUUCACAGUAACACACUUUAAAAGAGAUAAAAAUUUUUACUUGUGCUUUACGGAAGAUAUGUGGGAAAAAAAUUAAUUAUAUAUUGUAUU